AUGCUACUUCUGGAAGAAAGCAAGAUGGAGAGAAGACCUGAAAUAUUGUUACCAGCACCUUCUAAAAAAUCUGGCAGGACCAAGGAGAAACCAGCACCACCAGCCAGAGACAAAAAGCACAAGGUGAAGACAGUGACGAUCCAGGAGCCAGAUAAAGAAAAAGUACGAGCAAGAGAAGAGGAAACAGGAGACAAGGACGAUAUUGAGUACAAAAAGGAUGAACCCUGCACUGUGAUUAAUGUGGACAGUGUAAGGCAGAGGACCAAUAAAGAGUGCGAGUCGCUGCUGGGUCUGCUGGAGAGUGAGUGGCAUGAAGAAGCCCUGAAGCCGAAGAGUCUUGGAGUUUGUGAACUACUUCUCAUAAUCACAGCCGUUACUUUUAUUAUAUUAUUUUUCCCUAUAUCGAUAUGGUUCUGUGUAAAGGUUGUGCGAGAGCAUGAGCGUGCUGUGGUCUUUAGACUCGGGCACCUGCUACAAAGAAAACCAAGGGGACCAGGGCUGCUCUUUUUUCUCCCGUUUUUGGAUGUUUGUCAUAUAGUGGAUGUUCGGGUGAAAAUGCUGAAGGUUCCCUCUCACUCUGUUGUAACGAAGGACCUGGUGUGUACAGAGGUGAGUGCAGUGUGUUACUAUCGCGUUGAGAAUGUGUCGGUGUGUUAUUCGUCUCUGGCGGGAGUCCCAGCUGUACUGCAGGCUUUGGUUCAGGUCUCAGUCCGAGAGGUGCUUGCUCAUCAUACCUUCACCCACAUCUUACAAAACAGGAGCCAAGUCGCCCACCAGAUCCAGGUUACACUGGACUCUAUUGCUUGUAGGUGGGGAAUUAAAGUGGAGAGAGCUGAGAUAGAGGACCUCUGUCUCCCACCUGAACUUCAGCAGAACUUCGCUGUAGAAGCAGAAGCAAAGAGACAAGCUCAAAUCAGAGUGAUUGCAGCUGAGGGUGAGAGGACGGCCUGUGAAGCUCUCAAAGCCUCUAUCGACUGUCUCUCUGACUCUCCUCUGGCCGUCCAGCUGCGUCUCCUCCAGCUCCUCCACACGCUGCGCUCUGAUCAGCCAGCUGUGCUUCUUAAUCUCCCAUCAGACCUCCUCAGCCACCCGCUUCAACCUCCAGAAACAACCAACCCUACCAGUCUGAACCAUCCAAGAGAGGACGGCUCAAAGAAAACGACUGAAGACUCGCCAAUGAUGUAA